AUCAACAACUUCAUUAAUUUCACGUUUAUGUAGUGCAGAGCCAUUUAUUGGAAAAAAUUCACCAAACAGCGAACGUUUUUCAAUUCGAAAAAAGUUGUCAGAAACACUAUUUUCCCUUAAAAGGCCCCCUACCCACACACUCUCCUCGAGUUUAAUUGAAUUGGCGCCUUCUUCUUCAAUUUUACAGAAUGCCACAAAUUCAAUUUUAGACAAAUUUUCAGCCAAAAAAUUGCUUCAAAAUAAAUGCUCAAGUAAUGAAUCGCUUAAUAAGUGGGUUUCUUCUGAUAUUUUUAAAUAUUUAAAUUCUCUUUUUUUGUGUUUAGUCCUCUCUCUCUUUUUUUUGUUAAAUUUGAUUUUUAAAUCUUUUAUUUGUUUAAUAUAUUUAUUGUUUUUUUUUGUUUUCUUUUAAAAGUUUUAUUUAAAUGUUACAACCCCAACAACAACAACAAAUUAAUUCAAAAUCAUCUACUAAUUUAAAAACUCACUUUCAAAUUAGCAAAAUAAAAAGUGGCAGAACUGUUGAAAGAAAUUUAUUAUUUUGGAUCAGACCGCGAAAAUCAAAGAAAAGAAUUAUGUGGGUUUAUUUAUUUAUUUUUUUUUCUUUUUGUGUAACAGUAAUUUAA